AUGCCUGUAUCAGGAAAUGAAGAGACUGGGGUUAAACCCGUUAUCCGGAAAUCUAGUGAUUAUGUUGCAGGUGUUCCAAUCAAGAAAAGGAGGUUUCCUAUAAUGAGGCCUCCUUCACCUCCUUCUGAAGAACCAACUUUGUUUCCUAAAACAGAAGAAUCAUCUUCCUUUACUGCGAAAAAUGAUUCACUACAGAAGGAACAAUCUAGCCCAUCUCAAGGGUCGACUCUUUCAUAUGCUAGUAUCACCAGUUCUGGAUUUUCUGAUACAACAAAGUAUUCUGAAUCUGAUUAUAGAAGAGGAAGGUCUGAUGUUACAAAUGUUAAUGUGGCCCGAGGCAAUGAUAAUCUCUUUAGAGUCAAAGUUGAAGAAGCAAGCCCCACAGUUCACUCGGGUUCUUUGGAUGACAUGCAGAGGAAAGGGAAGCCUGUGUUGGCUGAUAAUCCGGCUUCUCAGGUGACCUUAGGGAAAAGUGAGUUGAUUUUAGCACCAAAUGAAGCUCAUGCACGUAAUUUGGGGAAGGAGAUUAUGCAUAGCAAAAGUAAAGUAGAAAUGAAGUGUAAAGAAGAAAUUCCUGCUGUUGCCGAGAGUACUGAAUUAUCAUUAGGUUUAAAGGAAAAUCUUGUUCCAGCUUUGACAGGCCAAAACAGUGGCGGUGAUGGGAGUCAGCGGAGUCAGGAUAACUUUCCUAUUUCACUGAAUUUGUCUUUAAGCGAAGAAAAAAACAGCAGCCAAUGCAAAGGAAAUGGUGAAGAUUUGAAUUUUGAUGGUGCUGACAAGCGUGCAUGGCGGGCAAACUGGGAUUUGAAUACACCAAUGGAUGCAUGGACAGAUUCUGUGAGUGAUGCUUCUGAAUCUGUUGACGGAAUCAAUGCAACGGGUGGGGCAGGUGAUGCAAAGCAGUUGAUUGGUUCAACUGGGAUGGUUGGAGCCGGUGUCAAUUCAGAAAAACAGACCAUUGUUGAUAGUCAGAAGAGAACUAAUAUCACCGUCUCACCCACACUUGCUAGCCAGCAGUGUAAUUCCAAUGACACCCUUCUUUUACGGCUUAGUUCAUCUUGCUCACAGUUGAAUCAGUGUCAAAACCCUUCUAGUGCAUGCAGUAAAUUGGAUUUGGACAUGGACAGGGUGAUUUCUUCUACAAACUCGCCUAGAUUGGCUGGGCCAGUUAGAACACUGAACACAGAUAGUAAUAGAGCAGGGAAACGUGCAGUUGUUGAGCAGUGCACUCUUGGAGCUGUUAAGUCUUCAAAUAUGAGCACCCAAAAGUUGGUUGAUCCUAGAUCCAUAAAAUCUGAACCAAGUAUUGUGGAUAAUCAAGAAACCAUAAAUUCCAUUGAAGGGGCAUCAGUUCAUCCGGAUAAGCAUGUGACACAGGGUCUGGAUAAUUGUUCUAGUGACAUGACGUUGCCUAUGACUGCAGAGAUGUCUUGCCUUUCUGGAAAGCCUUUGUGUUUGACAGAGUCCACAGGGAAGCCUUCUUGUUCAACAGAGUUGACUAUGAGUAGGGAUUUGACGAAGCAUACAGGAAGCUUGAAUGCAAAGGCGCCUCAAGAAGCUUGUCAAAGCAAAGAGCAUAUUGCUGUAACUCUGGGUCUUGAUACUAAGGGAAACAGUAUGAGAACUGAAGAUGAUAAUGUUGACCGCAAUUAUAAAUUGAAGUUCAUGAAUGAUCACCCCCUUGAUUCACGUGGAAGUGGUGAAGGUUCUUCCAGUGAUGAGGAAAAGAUAAAUAUCUCAGCAGAUAUGUUGGAUGAUUCUUAUGGUUCUGAUUAUGAAUCAGAUGGUAAUCAUGCUUUGGAUACAACUAUUGAUACAGAACAAGAUGCUAAAGAUGAUGAUUAUGAAGAUGGUGAGGUUCGAGAUUCAAUUGAGCAGACUGAGGUAGAGGAACUCAUAUGCAACGCAAGAGAAGUGGAACACGUUGAUAAUGGUGAUUUUGAUAAUAACCGGACGGAUUUUGUGGCACCUGUUAACAAUGCUCAUCCUACUUCAUUUUAUAUUGAGGCUAAAGACAAAACAGACCAGCUUGCUGAAACAAGUAACAGUGAUUAUAAAGAAUCUUUUGAUGUAGUUCUUAAUGAUAAAUCUGAUAAGGGCUCUGAUAAAGAUGUGUGUUUGCAAGAAACAUUGGCUGUUGAAAAGCUAACCAGAGGAGCUGGUGUGAAAGGGUCCAUAAAGGAUGUGGGAACAGAACCACUUGAUCAAUCAGGGAAUGAGGAUGCCCAGAAAUGUCAGGAUGGAGAGUUCUCCGAGCAAGUCACUAAUGAAAGCCAAGGAUAUGAUCAUGGUACAGAGCUGGAUGAUACCACUAAUGGAGGACAACGGAGCAGGAUCAUAACUUUGCCUCGAUCUUCAACUGUUUCUCCUAGUAAAUCAAGAUCUAUUUCAGGACUACCAUUGCCAUCAAGAGUAGUUGGAAGAGAAAUAUUACCUGAUGUAACACCGGAGGAAGAUAAAAUACAUCCUAGAGGGAGAGGUGAACCGUAUGUUGAUAAUGCCCACAGAUUUUCAAGGGAGCGAUACCAAGAUCAAUCACUGAGAUAUGCUAGAUUGGGUUUUAGGCGUGGUAGAGGGAGGAUGAAUAGUCGCGGUGAUUGGGGUUCUGAUCGUAACUUUGCUUCAGAGAUUUAUAAUAAUCAAACAAACUAUCGUGUACCCAGACAUAAAUAUGCACCUGAUGUUUCUGAUGCUGGCCUUGAAUAUAACACUUAUAAUAUGGGUUCAGAUAAUGCAUAUGUUAGUACAGGUCGUGGAGGGAGGCAGAUUCAAAAUGAUGGACCAAUCAACCACCGUAUACCCUCAAGGAGGCGAUCUCCCGUUGGAACACAUGCAAUUCACAUGGCUCGCAGAAAUCCAAGAAAUAUUAGCCCAACUAGAUGCAUUGGUGAAGAUGCUUCAAAUUUGAUUGGAAUGAGGCAUAAUGAGAAGUUUAUGAGGAGUUUUCCUGAUGAUAAUGCAGAUCCCAUGUUCACUCGUACCCAGUCUUCGUAUGAGGGAGUAGAUGGUCAAUUUGGACGAGGAAAUCGGAACUUUUCUUUUGUCCAAAGAAGAGGGGUUCCUCGAGUUCGCUCAAAAUCACCAAUAAGGUCCAGGACUCGUUCCCCCGGUCCAUGGUCUUCUCCUAGAAGAAGAUCCCCAGAUGGGUUUGGUGGGCCUGGAGAAUUGACUCAUCGAAGAUCUCCACCAGUUUACAGGAUGGAGAGGUUUAGAUCCCCUGAUGGCCCAUGUUUUCCUGGUGAGAUGGUUGUUAGAAGGAAUCCGCCCAAUGAUAUGAGGGAUAUGGAUUCUGGAAGGGACCAUGGUCCUCCAAGGUCUGUCAUUCCUAAUAGAAGUCCUUCCGGCCGGGUUUUACUCAGAAACAGGAGAUUUGAUGUCAUGGAUCCUCGAGAAAGGCCAAACAAUGAUGACUACUUUGGGGGGCCUAUGCAUUCUGGUCGAUUGCACGAGCUUGGUGCUGAUGGAAAUGGUGAUGAGAGACGAAGGUUUGGUGAGAGACGUGGACCUGUCCGUUCAUUUAGGCCUCCUUAUAAUGGUGCUGAUGGCGAGACAUUUCAUCUUAAUGCAAAGGAUGGCCCUAGGCCUUUGAGGUUCUGCCCAGAUGAUAAUACUGAGUUUCAAGAAAGAGGGAAUUUGAGGGAAAGGGACUUUGACAGAAGGAUUAAGAAUCGGCCAGGAAAUGCACCUAGAAGAAUGAGAGGCAUUGAGGACCAAGAUGGAAAUUACAGGCAUGGUGGGCAGGCUUGGCACGAUGAAGGUGGACCAGGACACAGAUUAGUCACUUUACAGUUCCAAGUUUGGCUUAUGAUUCUAUGUGGUCUUGGGACUGGUAUCUGCCCUGUAAGUAGCUUGCAUCUGGUACUAUGGUGGUCUUGGUUGUACAUCAUAUCUCUUAAGGCCAUUCUCUUUGAGUUGAGGCAUUUAAAUGCUUAUAUAGAGAUUCUCCUUAAGUUUCUGAGUUACGUUUCUGCAUUGGUUUUGAUACUUGGUGAGGCAGGGCAGCUACCCUACAAGGAACUGUCAUGA